CCAAUAGAAAAGAAGAUGGCCGUUCCGUCUCUGCCGGAAGUUAGCGUCCUGCAGUGGGAGGGUCUUAUAGUGAGGCUCUCAGCCCAUCCGACUUCCUUUUUCCGGCAGGAGCAAGAGCGCGGAGGUGCUGGUGGUGUCGCCGCCAUGUCUCUUGUGAUCCCAGAGAAGUUCCAGCACAUCUUGCGUGUUCUCAACACCAACAUUGAUGGGCGGCGGAAGAUCGCCUUCGCCAUCACGGCUAUCAAGGGCGUGGGCAGGCGCUAUGCCCACGUGGUGCUGAGGAAAGCGGACAUCGAUCUGACCAAGAGGGCCGGCGAACUCACAGAAGAUGAGGUGGAGCGUGUGAUCACCAUCAUGCAGAAUCCCCGGCAGUAUAAGAUCCCAGACUGGUUCCUCAACAGGCAGAAGGAUGUCAAGGACGGAAAGUACAGCCAGGUCUUGGCCAACGGCCUCGACAACAAGCUCCGCGAGGACUUGGAGCGCCUGAAGAAGAUCCGUGCCCAUCGUGGCCUCCGACACUUCUGGGGCCUCCGAGUCCGUGGCCAGCACACCAAGACCACCGGCCGACGUGGCAGAACCGUGGGGGUCUCAAAGAAGAAGUAGAUGGUUCAUAUGCAAAGGGUUG